UGGCCUAGUCAGUCUUUGUCAACAUGUCGUCGUGGAUUGUGUCCACCACAGAGCUGCACGACUCUGGGGCCAAUGGUAAUACCUACCGAUCUGGCGGAUCCCGCCACAAACGUAUGAUCCUAAUGGUGUGGCACAGUCUGACGGAGAAAUGCGAGAAAUUCGGUCAAUUUCUGAGGCGAGAGACGAACAAACCGCUGCCGAAAGAGUUGAGGCGAUCGCUGCGAUUAAGUAAGUCGUCCAAACGCAAAGGCUAUCGGUCUUGGGAGAGCGAGGCUGAUAAACGGCUGAUGCAAGAGCGCUUGAACGAACCGAUUAAUAUUUCCAUACGCAUGGGACCGGCCUAUGACUUCAGACCCUCGAACUCCUGAAUGGAAAGCCCUUUCGAAUUUCAGCCAAAAACCACCUCUGUUAACGCUCUGUUAAAUUAUCAUAAGUUCAAAAGUGCAAACCGUUAGCUUUUAUUAAAAGUUUCUACUUAUUUA